CAGCAACAUCUUCCUACUCUCCAGCAGGUCACGUUACCAGCACUCCACAGUUAGCUAAGUCGCCUGCCGACCUCACCAACACCACCCACACCACCAACAAAAACAAAAAUGGCUUCCAAGGAGGACUUUUCCAAGGACGGCGCCGCCGCCCCCAAGGUGCACAAGAUCCGCAUCACCCUCACCUCGCGCAACGUCAAGAACCUCGAGAAGUUCUCGGGCGACCUCAUCAACCGCGCCAAGGACCGCGACCUCCGCGUCAAGGGCCCCGUUCGUCUCCCCACCAAGGUCCUUAAGCACACCACCCGCAAGUCGCCCUGUGGUGAGGGUUCCAAGACCUGGGACCGCUACGAGAUGCGCAUCCACAAGCGCCUCAUCGACCUCACCUCGUCGGCCGAGGUCGUCAAGCAGAUCACCUCGAUCUCGCUCGAGCCCGGAGUUGAGGUUGAGGUCACCAUUGCUGCUUAAGCAGUUGUGAUGCAUCGAUGUCAUCCGUACA